AUAAAACCUAGAGAAAGUUGUUUUUAUUUCCCUCGAGAAAGUUUCUCUACUCUUUUAUUUAUUCACAUAAGUCGACGCCGGAGAAUGGGUUCGUCUUCGUCGUCGCUUAACAAGUCUCCGUGUAGAACAGAUAAUAUGGUAACACCUGAGUCUCCCACGAAACAUAUUAACUCAGUGGAGAAAAACGACGCCGUCGUCUCGAUCGUAUCUAAUUCGCCUCCUUCUACCAAGAAAACCUUCGAAUCGCCGAGAAAGAGUGCAACAUCGAUUCCGGUGGCUUCUCCGGCUGUUAAAUCUCGGUGGUCGUUUUCUUCUUCUAAGAAAAGCUUCGGAAGUAAAGAUGAAACCUUUUUCGAUACGCAGCAAUGGCUACAAUCUGACUCCGACGAUGAUUUCCACAGCGUUAAUGGCGAUUUCACUCCAUCGCGUGGAAACACUCCAAAGUGCAGCUUCUCCGAUAGGCAUCCUCGUGUCCAAAGCCUAAUAUUCCAAGACAAGAAAUCUUCUCGUGGCUCUUCUCCAGCGCCAAGACCAAGGAGAAAGAAGCUUGGUGAGCUUUUCAGAGACAGUAUAAGAGAACGACCACAGGAAAGCUCUUUAGACUCUCCUUACCUCUCUGGUGCAAACUCAGGCGAAUUCAACAACGCUGCCAUUAAAGACGCUAGUGUGAAGGAAGAGAAGAAAAAGUCCAAUAGGCAGCAUCAUCGAUGUCUUCCUAGUUUCUCAUCAUGUGGUGGAAGUUUCAUGGAGAGGAGGAAGAAAAUGAGCUCUGAAACAGCGGUUGUUGCUGUGAAUGAGAUGUAGAGAAUAAUACUAAUAUUUUGUAUAUGAAAGAAUGAGAAAGAGAUCUCCGAGUAAAAGUUCUAAUGAAUUUUACAAUAUAUUUCACUUGAUGUGAGAAGAAAAUUAAUCCAAUAGUUGAAGAGAUAGUAAUGUAAAAACUAAAAAGUGUUAUAAAAGACAGGUUUGCUCCGUCCAACAUGUUUACACUGAAACGUGUAUAUUAUUAACUUCUACAUUUUUAAUUCUAUACUAGAACUUGAUCUAAACUCUCACCCAUUUAUUUGAUUUAAUUUGUGUUCAA